GGAAAUCAAAUCGCCAUUUUUGAUGCGGUUUUCUCCAACGUUCUUCUUACUCUCACAGUUGCGAUUGACUCGAAGAGCAGCCACCUCUUGGCGUUUCUACGCCGUCUCUGCUCUCAACAACCCUAACAAUCUCUCAGAUUCUGAACAACAGGUGAAUCAUCUUAAUCUCUCCAAGCUUACUCAAUAUGGUCUUCAGCGACUCCUGAAUAGUGCCAGAGAUGACCCAAAUCUCGCUUUGUCGUUUUUGCGACAGCUUAAAGAACAUGGUGUUUCUCCUAAUGUUAAUGCUUACGCAACUCUUGUCAGAAUUCUUACUAGUUGGGGUUUGGACAGGAAGUUAGAUUCUGUGUUAGUUGAACUAAUUAAGAACGAGGAGCGUGGUUUCAGUGUAAUGGAUUUGAUUGAAGUUAUUGGAGAAGAAGAAGCUGAGGAAGAUAAACGGUCUUUGGUUUUGAUUCGAGUCUCUGGUGCUUUGGUUAAAGCUUAUGUUGGUCUCGGGAUGUUCGACGAGGCGAUCGAUGUUUUGUUUCAGAGUAAACGGUUGGAUUGUGUUGUCGAUAUUAAGGCGUGUAAUUUCUUGAUGAAUCGUUUGAUUGAGUUUGGGAAAAUUAGUAUGGUGGUGGCUCUGUUUAAGCAACUUAAGCAGUUGGGGUUGUGUGCAAAUGAGUACACGCAUGCGAUUGUGGUAAAGGCGUUGUGUAGAAAAGGUGAUUUAGAAGGAGCAGCUAUGUUGCUUCUGGAAAGUCCGAGCGUGUUUGCUUAUAAGACUUUCAUUGACGGACUUUGUGUCAAUGGAGAGACAGAGAAAGCUGUUGUUUUGAUUAAAGAAAUGUUAGAUAUGAAUUCUCUGGCUGGUGAUGACCUUAGAACUGUAUUUGGUAUGGUGGUUCGCGGUUUUUGUAAUGAGAUGAAAAUGGAAGCUGCUGAAAGUGUUAUUCUUGAAAUGGAGAAAAAUGGGUUUGGUCUUGAUGUUUAUGCUUGCUCAGCGGUGAUUGAUCGAUAUUGCAAGAGUAUGAAUUUACCUGAAGCAUUGGGGUUUUUAGAUAAAAUGUUGGGAAAAGGACUGAAAAUAAAUUGUGUGAUUGUUAGUUCGAUUCUUCAUUGCUAUUGUAAGAUGGACAUGUGUUUGGAAGCGUUAGAGAAGUUUAAUGAAUUUAGAGACAUGAAUAUUUUCCUUGACAGAGUUUGUUACAAUGUCGCAUUUGAUGCGUUGAGCAAGCUUGGGAGAGUGGAAGAAGCUAUUGAGCUUCUCCAAGAAAUGAAGGAUAAAGGAAUUGUUCCUGAUGUCAUCAACUACACAACUCUGAUAGAUGGCUAUUGCCUUCAAGGCUUGUGUUUUGCACGUAAAGUAAAAGAAGCCGAAGAUUUCUUCAUGAGUCUAGAGCAAAAAUGUCCAGAAAAUAAAGCCAGUUUGGUGAAAGGUUACUGUGAAUCUGGCCUUUCUAAAAAGGCCUAUAAACUAUUCGUUACAUUGGAAUACCCUCUGCGCAAGAGUGUGUACAUCAAAUUAUUCUUUAGUCUAUGCAUUGAGGGUUGUCUCGACAAAGCUCAUGCCGUACUGAAGAGAAUGUGGGCUUAUCGAGUUAAACCUGGGAGGAGCAUGUGUGGCAAAAUGAUUGGGGCGUUGUGUAGGUUAAAUAAUGCGAUAGACGCCCAGCAGUUAUUUGACACAAUGGUUGAGAGAGGACUCAUCCCUGAUCUGUUUACUUAUACAAUCAUGAUUCACACCUACUGUAGGCUAAAUGAGUUACAGAAAGCCGAGUCUCUUUUUGAGGACAUGAAGCAGAGAGGAAUAAAACCUGAUGUGGUAACAUACACAGUUUUACUUGAUAGGUACCUGAAGUUGGAUCCAGAGCAUCAUGAAACAGGUUCUGUUCAAGGAGAAGUGGGAAAAAGAAAAGCUUCAGAAGUUUUGAGAGAAUUCUCAGCCUCUGGUAUUGGACUAGACGUUAUAAGCUAUACAGUUUUGAUAGAUCGUCAGUGCAAGAUGGACAAGCUAGAACAAGCCGCUGAACUUUUUGAUCGAAUGAUAGACAGCGGGCUGGAGCCUGAUAUAGUGGCUUACACAGCUCUAAUAUCUAGUUAUUUUCGGAAAGGAUACAUAGAUAAGGCAGUCACACUUGUUACCGAACUGUCAAAAAAGUAUAAUAUACCGACUGAACAUUUUGAGGCUGCAGUUAAGCAUGCUGCUUUGAAGGCGAAGAGAUUUCAAAAUGGGGAAUGAAGGGUUAUAAUGAGUGUAAAUUUUGGAACGUCAAGUGUGUGGCUUUGGUGAACUAUAUUGUACAUGGUGUAUUCAUCACAUUUGGAGGUAAAAGGUAGAAUUCAGCACAUUGAGAAGAAUCUUUGGAUCUGCAUCUGCAUAAAGGAGGGACUUUUGA